ACCUGCUGUCUGCUCCUGGGCUAGGGGAUAGGUGCUAGAACGGCUCUCGAUGCCCCGCCUGUGCCCCAGCUCCCCGCAAGGCGUUGCUCCCUUGGAGAAGUGGUCUCCAAACGUCCGGGAUGGGGACCGUUAGGGCUGCCAGCCUGUGUCUGGGGACCCGGGUCAGUGGCGGGGGGUGGACUUGGCCCACCUGGGAAGGCAGUUUCCUUUACUUCACCCCACACCCUUAGCGCCAGGCUGGGAGAGAGUUUGAUGCCCCUACAUCCCCCCCGCUGGUUCCCCUGUGCGGGUGGCGGGGUGCUGCUUGGGGUGACCUGCUGCACCUGAAGUUCACACUGACCAGGACUUGGGGCUCCUGUGCAUCUACCUCAGGGUCUGGUUGGUGGAAAUGAGGCAGCCAGUCGGGACCCCCCAGUGUGGAAUCCCUGCUCCAGGCUGGCAUGUGCCAGACUUCACCUGUAGGAAUUCCUCAAACCUCUCACCGCCCCAUUCACACCCCAUUCACAGGGAGGGAGAUGCCAGAGAAAAUCUGGAAACAAGGCCCUGGGCUCUGGCUGGCUCGGUGGGAAGAAGAGGAGUCCCCUGCAGAUGCUCUAUGACCUGGACCAGGGUUCGAGCUCGGCCCUGGCGGAGGUGCACCGGCAGCGCCGCAACCUGCUGCGCCGCGCCUGCAGCCGCCACACGCGCCGGCAGCGCCUGCUGCAGCCCGAGGACCUGCGGCACGUGCUGGUGGACGACGCCCACGGCCUGCUCUACUGCUACGUCCCCAAGGUGGCCUGCACCAACUGGAAGCGCGUGCUGCUGGCGCUGCGCGGCCCGGGCGCCGCCGACCCGCAGGCCAUCCCGGCGCACCAGGCGCACGCGCCGGGCCGCCUGCCCUCGCUGGCCGACUUCAGCCCCGCCGAGAUCAACCGGCGCCUGCGCGCCUACCUGACCUUCCUCUUCGUGCGCGAGCCCUUCGAGCGCCUGGCCUCGGCCUACCGCAACAAGUUCGCGCGGCCCUACAGCGCCGCCUUCCAGCGCCUGUACGGCACGCGCAUCGUGCGGCGCCUGCGCCCGCGCGCGCACCCGGACGCGCUGGCCCGCGGCCACGACGUGCGCUUCGCCGAGUUCCUGGCCUACCUGCUGGACCCGCGCACGCGCCGCGACGAGCCCUUCAACGAGCACUGGGAGCGCGCGCACGCGCUCUGCCACCCGUGCCGCCUGCGCUACGACGUGGUGGGCAAGUUCGAGACGCUGGCGGAGGACGCGGCCUUCGUGCUGGGCCUGGUGGGCGCGCCGGGCCUGCGCUUCCCCGCGCCGCCGCCCCGGGCCAAGGCGGCCUCCGCCGCCUCCCAGGACCUGGCCAGGCGCCUCUUCCAGGACAUCAGCCCCUUCUACCAGCGGCGCCUCUUUGACCUCUACAAGAUGGACUUCCUGCUCUUCAACUACUCCGCCCCCUCCUACCUGCGGCUGCACUAGCCCGUGGUGCCUGGUGCACUGCGGAGGCUCCCAGGCCAGGGAUGGGGAUGAGAAUGGAAGUUUUUGACAAUCAUUGCAUUGGGCCGAUGUCACACCUGGCUGGUUUUGGGUGCAGCCACUCAGCUGUUGUACAAAUAGGUGCCUGUCCCCUGUCCUGCCUGUCGCUUGAUGUUGCUUGCUCUAACUGCUCUAGUUGGGGUGGGUGAGGAUUGGGUAAUAGAGUUUUAAGUUGCAAAGAGGCCAUUUUUUGUCAGCUCUGUCCCUGAACCUGUCCUUGGUGUAACAGAGCAGAAUGCUGGCUCAAGGCAGCCUGUGGCCAUCCUAAUUCCCUCCCCACUUCACCUACUCUGGUAAGGACAGCCUUGGCCAAGGAGAGAAGCCCUCCCCUGCAGGCAGGCCUCAGGCUGGGGCCAUCCUUGCCCAUGGGCAUGGCACAGGAGCCAGCUGUGAGCUGCCUUCACUCUGCCCGUCUCAGAGCAAGGCCACCUUUCCUGUUGCUGGCCCUGCCCUGGCCCCACCUUUGGUCUUAGUCUGGCCGGAUGCUAGGUUGCCUCUGUGUGCCCAGAGUCCAGGGUGCAAUAGGAGGCAGGUUUUAUAGGACUUCGGUGAUCUGGCGGGCUCAUGUUAUCGAAAUAAAUGAGUUUUGUUACUUUCUGACA